UUUGCCUUGCACUGAUUUUGGCCUGAGGUCCAGGAUGGUCUGUUCUUGGGACCAGACCUGACCAGAACUCGACCUCAUGAGCACUUCAAGCUCUCCAGCUGCCAUGCUCCUCCGGAGGCUGAGGCGGCUCUCCUGGGGCAGCACUGCUGUCCAGCUCUUCAUCUUAACGGUGGUGACCUUUGGUCUGCUGGCCCCCCUGGCCUGUCACCGGCUUCUGCACUCUUACUUCUACCUGCGCCAUUGGCAUCUGAACCAAAUGAGCCAAGAGUUCCUGCAGCAAAGCUUGAAAGAGGGUGAAGCUGCCCUCCACUACUUUGAGGAGCUGCCCUCUGCCAAUGGCUCGGUGCCCAUCGUCUGGCAGGCCACUCCCCGCCCCUGGCUGGUCAUCACCAUCAUCACUGUGGACAGGCAACCUGGCUUCCACUACGUCCUGCAGGUGGUGUCCCAGUUCCACCGGCUCCUUCAACAAUGCGGCCCCCAGUGUGAGGGGCACCAACUCUUCCUGUGCAACGUGGAGCGGAGCGUGAGCCAUUUCGAUGCCAAGCUGCUGUCCAAGUACGUCCCUGUGGCCAACCGCUAUGAGGGCACUGAGGAUGACUACGGCGACGACCCUUCGACCAACUCAUUUGAGAAAGAGAAGCAGGACUACGUCUAUUGCCUGGAAUCCUCCCUGCAGACCUACAACCCAGACUACGUCCUGAUGGUGGAAGACGACGCCGUUCCAGAAGAGCAGAUCUUCCCAGUCUUGGAGCACCUUCUGCGGGCUCGUUUCUCCGAGCCGCACCUCAGAGAUGCCCUUUAUCUAAAGCUGUAUCACCCCGAGAGGCUCCAGCACUACAUCAACCCAGAGCCCAUGAGGAUCCUGGAGUGGGUCGGUGUCGGCAUGUUGCUGGGGCCCUUACUAACCUGGAUAUACAUGCGGUUUGCCAGCCGCCCGGGGUUUAGCUGGCCCGUCAUGCUCUUCUUCUCCCUGUAUAGCAUGGGGCUGGUGGAGCUGGUGGGCCGGCACUAUUUCCUGGAGCUGCGGCGGCUGAGUCCUUCCCUGUACAGUGUGGUCCCUGCUUCACAGUGUUGCACCCCGGCCAUGCUCUUCCCUGCCCCGGCGGCCCGGCGGACCCUCACCUACCUGUCCCAGGUGUACUGCCACAAGGGCUUCGGCAAGGACAUGGCACUGUACUCACUGUUGAGGGCCAAGGGGGAGCGGGCCUAUGUGGUGGAGCCCAAUCUCGUGAAACACAUCGGGCUUUUCUCCAGCCUUCGGUACAACUUUCACCCGAGUCUGCUCUAGCCUGCCAAGAAAUGCCUUUCUGAAAUUGGCCACUUCUUGGAGAUUCUACUAUUGAGCUCUUUAUUUGGACAUGGUUGCUUGCCGAUAUUUCAUUGUUUUAGGGUUGCUAGGGAUAUAGACACUGGGAUGGCUGAGGAACAUACAAGUCAAGAACCUUGGCUUUGGUAACUCUGGCAGGAGCAAGCUGUUCACCGUGGGUCCAGACCUCUCGCCUUCCACACAGCCACACUGCCUCAUGCAGUCUGACCCACCCAAAGAAGGGCAUUUAAAUACCACUUAUAUUCUCCAGUUGUUUUUCGCUCUGCUUCAUGACAGAGUUUGUGACUGCCAAAAAUAUUGUACACAGUGAUAUGACCAGUUUAGGAUUUUAAGCGUAGAAUUUGGUGAAAGGUGAGAUUCUUUUGCGAUGAUUUCUUUCUCAUUGGGAAUAAGAAUGGAUGUAUGUUUAGAAUAUAUGUCCCAAGAGGCAGGACCACGUUGAUAGAUUCUAUUUGUUCCCUUGACCUGGAGUAAUAAAAGCCGCACAGGGCCCGGCAUCUUGGA